AUGUGCGUAUUCACCAGCGUGGAUGUGAGCUGGCCGGGUUCGGUACAUGACAGUCGAAUCUGGAAAAAUUCCGACGUGAGAGAAGUAAUGCGACGUACACAGAACACCGUUCUCAUUGCUGAUCAGGGAUGCGGAAUUGAACCUUGGCUUAUGACUCCUUAUCGAGAACCUGUCAACAUAGACGUGAAGAAGGCAUACAAUAAACUAUUGUCAAAGGAAAGGGUAGUACUCGAGCAGUGUUUUGGACAGAUAAAACGGCGCUUUCCGAUACUGAAAUAUUGUUGUCGCGUGAAAUUGACUAAUGUUCCAGAUAUAAUUGUAGCUUGUAUCAUUUUACACAACAUUGCUAAGCCCUUGCAGGAUCCAGAUUUUGAGGGUAGUGAUGAAGAUGAAGACGGCGCCGGCGAUGUUGUUAGUGGGCAUGAGGAAGAGAAUGACGACUUACGUGUCCGCGGUCAGGAAGUGCGUGAAGUUUUAGCGAAUAUAAUUCAAAAUUAUAACGCACCGUGA